AUGGACUUGUCCGCCUAUCUUACGAUGGCUUACAUCUUCGUCAACACCUUCAGGGGCAUGGCGGCCAGCGCGAAGGUCGCAGAGUCUCAGGGAGGUAAGAUACGCCCCGACAGGAUGCCGAACACUGCGUUGGGUAAAUUCAUCUCUCCUGUCCAUGGCCUCUCGUAUUUCCUCCCGCAACUCGCGAUUCUCGUGGGCAUGCCGUUUGCUGGGUUCGGGCAGCCACGAUGGAUGCGCAAGUGGGAGUUGCCGGAUUGUGGGAUCGGCAAAAAGGAGAGGAUGGGUCUGAGGGUGGCUGCUUGUGUGCUGUCUUUUGUCAUGGCACAUGGGUUUGUUAAGAGAGGAAACAAGGCGUUGGGAUCGCAAUGGCAUGCUAUCGGCCGUCGCGAAAAUACCAAGGUCGUCAAGGAUGGCCCAUACUCGGUCGUGAGGCACCCUGGAUAUUUGUCCGUGGUUAUCCAGCAAGCUUUGUAUGGCGUCAUGUUCUGGAACUGGUUCCCUGCGGCUUCGCUUCCCAUUACGGCCGCUGCAUUUGCUCUCAAGAUGCCCAUAGAGGAGGAGCUCAUCCAGCAAGACGUGUUUAUAGCUGAGGAUUACAGGCGGUAUAAGAAGGAAGUCCCGUAUCGCGUGAUCCCUUACCUUUGGUAA